AUGGGCGUCAAUCAUCUCUUACUAGAUUGGUACGGGUGCAUAUUAAAGAGAAACCAUGAGGGACGUCCACGAAUGGAGGAUAUUGUGAAAGAACUUGAAAAAUCUCUUAAAUUUCAAGAGGCUUUUGAUCGGGCUAAAGAAGAAAAUUCAAAACAAAAAAACACCCUUCUGGAUUUCAAGGAAAUCUGUCCCCCGGGAGGAAGCAAUUUGGUAAUUCUGUACACAACAAGCGUCAAAGGGAUUCGGAAGACUUCCAAAGAUUGCUCGAGGGUUCACUCUUUACUAAAAAGUUUAAAGUUUUUAUACCAAGAAAGAGAUAUAGCGAUGCACUCGGAUUUCAGAGAUGAACUAUUGCAGAUGUUGGGCAAAUCAGCAGCAGUGCCAAGCCUGUUUAUAAAGGGUAGGUAUAUCGGUGGAGCAGAGGAAGUUUUCCGGUUGCAUGAGCAGGGAAAAUUUCGGCCAUUCCUUGCUGAAAUACCACUAAACAAAUCUGAAGGGCCAUGCAAAAGGUGUGCUGGAGUGCGGUCUGUAGUGUGUCGUAAGUGUAACGGUAGUCAUCUUAUGAAACUUGCCGAUGGGAAAAGAACGACGUGUACCGAAUGUAACAAGAAAUGGGCUAAUAAAAUGCCCCAAUUGCUUCUAAAGUAGAUAGUUGUAUCUUGGAGUCCCAUUUGUUGUAUGUUG